CGGGGCUCGAGUAAGUAGUCGAGCGGCGCGGACCGAUCGGUACAAAUCACUCCUAGCGUUUGCUCGUUCGAUGCCAUGCCGGGAAGCAGGCUUCGCUGAAGCUCGGACUUCUGUACGGUUUUUCGGGUCUUCACCGAAUCGGAUUCCUGUAGGUUGAUCUGUGAUACAGUGGUUCUUCGAUUGUUUUCGCGGUUGUACUAUUGAUCGGUUUACAUAGGUGAUCGAUCGUAUAGUUCUGUUCGGUAGAAUCUUUGCCGAAUAAGGUGUCCACAAAAGCUACCAGUUUCGGUUUGGAAAGGUGAUCGGUUGACGGAGUUUUCUUCGGGGAUUAUUUGUUUGCCUGGAAGAUGCUAGGAGUUACAUCUUCGGAGUAGGUGGUUUUAGUAGAAAUCGACUCGCGGAGAACACUGUUGCAAUGAAAGAUACGAUGGUUCGUGAUUUCUAUCGUAUUGAUGCUUCGUCACGAUAAGUUUACUACUACGCGCAUCGUAUCAAAUGAUCGCUUCAAAGUCGCGUGAAAGAGCCUCCUGUUAGACUACGGACUUCGUGCCUUUAUGGGAAAUGCCUGCGAUCAAUCUUUUCGGAAGAAAAUGGCUAGCCGCGACCGAUGAUUUGGUGUAUCCAGGACUGUUUGAAAUUUUCGUUCGUACCGUGUGGUUAAUUCUCAUUGGUGUCGCUUGCGGUCGAUACUAUCAGUACACAUGGGGCUGUCAAUCAGGUGGCGAAUUGGUACGCGUGUUUUUUCUCGGACAAUUGGUCUACCUCGCCCUGAGCAUACUCUUUAUGGCCAUUAUCGUGAGGCACAGCGCGAAAGGGAGCAUCAUGGAUACACGAGCCCGCAAAUACGUGCAGCCGCUCCUAACAGUAAAGAUUCUGUUUAUCCUACCCGAGAUAGGAUGGAACCUGUUAGGAAGCAUAUGGAUAUUUGGUGGCAGCAUAAAAUGCAGUUACGAUCAUUACACCGUGGCCAUCGUUCAAUCUCUUGUGCUGUUCGACUGGAUCUUCAUAGGCCUCACUAUUUUUGGGCUGGUGUUGAUCUUCGAUCCUCUGGGCUCGAUAGAAAAGAAGAAACUCGAAAAUCUGGCCGAAUACAGCAAGGUGUCCAAUAAUUGGUUGCGUAGACUCAAAUUGCUCUGGUGGAUACGAAAAGACGAGAAUGCUAAAGAGACUUUUCAACAUGUUGCUGCCUUGCUAAAUCACCUAAGCCGCGCAACUGACUUGGUUCCUUCGGAUAUAAUGGCAGGACUCAUUUUACUGAGGGUAUACCAAAAGCGUCGUCUGCAUGAAUCACGUAGCCAAAAUGUCCUGCCUCGUCUAACGUAUACAACAGACACGUCAAUAAUUUUCGCUAACACACCCAGCUGGAUGAACCUUCAAAGUGCUUAUUACUAUCUGAGAUUAUCGACAGCUUGUUAUGGAUGGUUAUACGUGUUUUACAAACACACAUGGACAGGAUGUUGUCAUCUUUUGCAGAAUUUAACUUGUUGCACUUGCUUUCGAAGAAAGCCGACUGCGAUUCGCGGCGACAAUUGUUGCUACUGUUAUUUAGCUGGUGUGAAGUCAUUGUCAAACAUAUGUGUAGAUGAUAUUUUAUACGCGUCAUUUAAGAAUUUCUUGUGCGAGAUACCGUUCUGCGUCGUCGUAGAUCAUAAGAAAAACAGUAUCGUCAUCGUUAUACGAGGCACAAUAUCAAUACGUGAUAUAAUCACAGACAUUUACGCGGCUUCCAGGAAUUUUGAAUGCGAAGGCGUUCCACCGGGUUCGGCGGCUCACCAAGGCAUGAUAGCUGCAGCAAGGGAGAUUUUUAAGCAAUUAAAAAAAAAUAAUGUUUUGGAACAAGCAUUCAUCACAUAUCCUAACCACGAUUUAAUACUUACAGGUCACAGCCUGGGUGCUGGUAUAGCAGUUCUAUUAUCAUUUUUAUUAAGGCCUGAAUACCCGAACCUAAAGGUCUUUGCAUUCGCUACACCAGCUGGCCAUCUCAGCCGAGAACUUGCCAAGAUGUCGGAGGAAUUUGUCCUAACAGUAGGAAUUGGUGAUGACUUCGUUAUGAGGCUUGAUGUUAACUCUAUAAUAAAGCUGAGGAAUGCUUUGCUCAUGGCAAUUCGAACUUGCACACUACCAAAAUACAGAGUGAUUUCAAAUUCAUUAGGCUAUAUGCUUUUUGGCAUCCCUGAAAAGGAUCUUACCAAAAGUUGGUGUUCGUGUAAUGUGAUAAGCAAGACGGCGGGGGAAUUGCCAUUGCUCAAUGAACAAAACGAAGUGACAAUGGAGGAAGGUAAAAAAUUCGAACGAGACUUGACGAUAAGAAAGUAUGUGUCACAGAGAUUGUAUCCAGGAGGAAAGAUACUUCACCUAAGAAAAAUUAAGCCUGAAACCAAACAGUCAGAAGAGAAAAGAAAAAAGGAAAGUAGGAAAGAGAGAAAAUAUGAAAUGAGGUGGGCUGAAGCGGACGAAUUUCAAGAUAUAUUGGUAAUGCCACGGAUGCUAUGGGAUCAUUUACCGAAUACCAUAGAACAUGCUCUAAAGGUCUUAGUAGAAGAACAAAAUGAUUUGCCACAAUAUAUUGAUUAAUAACCGAAUUCAAAGGUACACAUUUUUUUUAAUAUUGACAAAAAAGACGCGAAGAAGAAUACAUGCUCAAGAAGAAACAAAAUUAUUUAUUUCUUUACAAUUAACAUAUUUUAUUUUCACUUUUUAUACGGGUAUACAAACGCUUCCGAAGUGUUGUAAUAAAAGUAUCUAACAUUUCACUUUCGAAAGAAACCACACUGUAAUUUGUUAUUUUUUAGACUGCGAGAAAGUAAAGCUUAUAAUUUCUCUA